AUGGCUAGAGGAAAAAACAAAGGUGGUAAGAAAGAGGCACCUGAUUCUACAAAAACCCCUUCUUCUGAAAGUCAGCCUUCAGAAAGUCAACCUUCAACAUCCCAAAUUCCAACUACAGAACCAACAACUACUAUUGAAGAUGAUUUAGGGGGCCUUGGUCUUGGUGAAUCUAGAAAAAGACGGCCCAGGAAGAAGCCAACUGAAAAACAAGAAUCAGCUCAAGCUGAAUUGUCAAACCCAAAGCUUACUCAAACUGAUAAUUCGAAAGCUGAGGUUCCUAAAACAGAGGCUCCUAAAACCGAGGCUCUUAAACCUGAGGCUCCUAUCCCUGAGGCUUGUAAAUCUGAAGCUCCUAAAAGUGAAGAGUCCAAAAUCGAAACUAGAGGUUCUAAACCAGAAUCUGCUGCUGAUAAGCCUCAAGAUGAUGAUGAUGGUUUGGGUUUGGGGUUAGGUGGUGGGGGACGAAAAAAAACUCGCAGCAGGAAACCUAAAUUUACAGCUGUAGAAACAGACAUCAAAUAUUCAAAAGCUCCAUCAAGUGAACCUGCAAUUCCAGGACCAUCACAAAGUAAACCAAUAACAUCAACUGCAUCACAGCCUAUUCAAUAUGUACAAAAUAAACCAGAGGUCAAAGCUGCCCCUGCAGCUCCUGUUUUGUACAAGAUACCAGAUAAAAUAUUGUCCCCACCCUCAAGAACUGUGCCGAUUUUAACUAAUUAUUUGGCUAUGAAAAUAACAAAACCAUUGAAAAUUUACCGUUACGACGUCACAUUCAAACCAGAUAAACCGAAGAAAUUUAUUGCACAAGUGUUUAAACUGGUAAAGUCUAAAGAAUUUCCUAAAGAAAUCCUUGCCUUUGAUCAAACAAAAAAUUGUUAUUCACUGACGCCGCUGCCAAAAAUCACCACUGAGAGAUAUGGUGUAAAAGUGGUGAUCAAAGAUAUGAACGGCAAAGACAUGCCGUUUGAAGUGUCAUUCAAAGCUAGUGGUAUAGUAGACUACAAUAAUGUUCUGAAGCAUAUGGCAACGGGUGGAUCAUCCCUUAAUGCACCAACUGACACCAUACAAUGUAUUGACAUAGUGUUAAAACAAGGAACAUUGGAAUCAUAUGUGAAAGCAGGCAGACAAUACUUCAUGCGUCCUGCAUCUCCGAUUGACUUGGGCGACGGGCUCGAGAUGUGGACUGGUUUAUUCCAAUCUGCUAUAUUUACAUCGAAAGCCUUCAUCAACGUUGAUGUUGCACACAAAGGUUUCCCAAAGAAUCAACCUAUGAUUGAUGCUUUCACGCGUGAUUUUCGUUUGGACCCCAAUCGUCCAAUGGAUCGGCAACCAGGCCGUGCUGUUGAAGCUUUCAAUGAAUUCAUUAGAGGGCUUAAGGUCGUAUCGAAGAUACUUGGUACCGGACCUUCUUCGGGACAAUUACGCGAGCACAUAUGCAACGGGGUUGUCGACCCACCGUCGCGUCAAACAUUUACGUUGGAGAACGACAAAGGACCGCCGGUUAGGAUGACCGUAUACGAAUAUUUUAUGAAAGAGAAAAAAUACAGGAUUAAGUAUCCGGACCUGAACUGUUUGUGGGUCGGCCCGAAAGACAAGAACAUAUAUCUACCGAUGGAACUAGUCGAAGUUGCAUAUGGCCAGGCCCGUAACAAGCAAUUAAAUGACAGACAAUUGUCGACAAUGGUGAGAGAGGCUGCAACUCCACCUGAUGUACGGAAACGUAAGAUCGAGGAAGUGAUUCAAAAGAUGAAUUACUCGAAGAAUCAAUUCUUCAAAACAUACGGCUUGGAGAUAGCCAAUGAGUUUUAUCAAGUUGAAGCGAAAAUUCUCGAAGCGCCCACAUUAGAAGUGGGUCCACGGCAAUUUACUGUACCAAAGAAGGGAGUAUGGCAGGCCAACUGUCUUCUGAAACCGGAAGCUCUGAAUUCAUGGGGCUUCAUUGCCAUAGAAUUGGAUCCACGUGGAUGUAAUUAUGAAGACAUCGUGUCGAAGCUAAUGAAUACCGGUCGACAAAUGGGCAUGAACGUGACCCAACCAAAGAUGGCUUGCUUCAACAUCCGUAUAAAUGACCUGCACAAGAGUAUGCUGCACGCUCUAGAAAAACAGGUCAAUUUCCUGGUCGUGGUCGUUUCUGGACGGGGCCGCGAUUAUUAUCACAAGCUGAAACAGAUUGCCGAACUCAAAGUGGGUAUACUGACGCAGUGUAUCAAAGAAGAUACCGCCACGCGCCGAAUGAACCCACAAACAGCUCGGAACAUUUUACUAAAGGUGAAUUCGAAGCUUAUGGGAAUAAAUCAGGCAUUGGAGAAUCGUUCCAUUCCUCAGUGCUUAAAGGGUGGGGCUGUGAUGAUCGUGGGCGCUGACGUCACGCAUCCAUCGCCAGAUCAGAGUAAUAUACCGAGUAUCGCCGCCGUAACCGCCUCGAUGGAUACGAAAUGCUACAUAUACAACAUCGAACUGAGUAUACAGACACCGAAGAAAGAGAUGAUCGUUCAGUUUGAGGACAUAAUGGUGGAUCAUUUCCAUGCUUUCAAGAAAAGUCAGGGGAUUCUGCCGAAGAAGGUGUUCGUGUUCCGUGACGGGGUUUCUGAGGGUCAAUUUGCUGAGGUAAUGAAGAGUGAACUGACUGGAUUGCAUCGCGCCUACCAACGUGUCGCGGGAUUGAACGCUAAACCAGAAGUAUUGUUCAUUCUUGUACAAAAACGUCAUCACACGAGAUUCUUCCUGCCCGGGAACAACGCCCGUUUCAACGUCGAUCCGGGGACUGUGGUCGACCGUGAUAUAGUACAUCCACGUGAAUUGGACUUCUAUUUGGUGUCUCACCAAGCGAUCAAGGGCACGGCUCGUCCGACGCGCUACCACGCCGUCUGCAACGACGGCAGGAUCCCGGAGAACGAAGUGGAGCACCUCGCGUACUACCUGUGCCAUCUGUACGCGCGUUGUAUGCGCGCCGUGUCAUACCCCGCGCCGACCUACUACGCGCACUUGGCCUGUCUGCGGGCUCGCUCGCUCACCUAUGGCGAGAUAUUCAAUAAUAACGAUCUCGAGAAGAAUCCCAAACGUCUCCGGGUCCUCGACAGCAUGCUGAAACAGAGCCGUAUGUUCUUCGUCUAACAAGAUGAUAUUUUAAAAAUGUAUAUGUAAUCACUAUUUAAUAAAACACGUAUAACAACGAAUGACUUCAUUCGUAAUCUUAUUAUAUUAAUAUCAAUAACCAUGCCUUUUGCAAUGAAAAUUAUAAACACGUCUCUUACUCUAUAAAUAUGAUUGUUUCAUGACAGAAAUUAGAUAGGUUUUUGUGUAAAAUCAAGAUUUUUUUUAAUGAAAAUAUAAAACGUAUGAUUUUUUUAAGGGAAACUUCUUUGAGUUAAUGAAAAAUUUAAAAACUAAUGUUCUUUGUACCGAGUUAAUCCGGUAGGUUUCGCUCGCACAAAAUACAGAAGAUAAACCAAAGAAGUUUCACUUUUUAGUUUUAUAGAUUUGCAUGUGAGACUCAAAUUGCCUCAAGCGCUUUUUAGUUCGCGGUUGUCAUGUAAAAACCAUAAUAUAUUGUAUCUCGACAUCAGAGGUAUAAACUCUGAUAUAAAUUGUUUCAUCUGUACUAAUUGAGUGACUUAAAUUAUAAUUGGUCCAGGAUAAGAUGUGCGAGUUUGGUUAAGGCCCUACACCAUCAUCAUAUUCUCAACUUAUAUGAUAUGGUGUUGUUUUGCGGAGUAUAUAUUGUUUACUCUUGCGCUAGGAUUCGUUUCAUCAGGUUCUGAUGCUUUGACAUGCAUUUAUUCGUCUGAUUAUUUGCAUCUGCUUUUACUGGUGGUAGGACCUCUUGUGAGUCCGCGCGGGUAGGUACCACCACCCUGCCUAUUUCUGCCAUGAAGCAGUAAUGCGUUUCGGUUUGAAG